AAUUGUUGUAAAUAUGUUUAGAUAAUAAACUAUGGACCCAGUACAGUUGGAUCAGUACUUAUUCGGUUCAAAAUUCCCAUCGCCUACACUCCACCUGCUGCUAACCAUGAGCUUCUUUACGCAAAGCUUCAUAUUCCACACGUGGAUGUUGGAGGUCAUAAUUUCCGCUGUGAUGUGGAAUACAGUGGUCUAGAGGCUCCAGACAUAGACUCGAUGAAAGCUAGCGGAUGGACAGACCAGGACGGGUCACAAGGACGGCCAGUUGCAGGACCAGCAGACACUACGGACCUGUUACAACGGCGGCGCCGCAGUUUGACGACAUGGAGCUUCAACGACACGAACACCGACGAGUUGAGAGUAAAGCGCGCCCUCUACCUGAACUGUUCAGGAGGCAAAGAGGUCCAGACCGGAUGUGCCUUGGUCAAAUGCGAGGUCGGUCCUUUGACCACCCAGAACAGAGCGGAAGUAAACCUUGAGCUCUUCAUCAACAGGACAGUUCUAGGGACAAUGUUGAGCGACGUAGAUUUAAUUCAGAUGUCUAGUGUUGGAAGAGUAGACAUUAUAGAGCCUGAGAAGUAUGAUGUUCCCUGGGAGCACAGGUCAAAGGUCACCACUGUUGACACUGUAAUGAUGGGAGAAGUCGGGGGAGACGGCUUACCCAGUUGGAUCUUGCCUCUCUCCAUUAUAUUGGGACUCUUGUUACUUCUACUGCUCAUCAAGUUUUUAUCAAAUUGUGGGUUCUUUAAAAGGACAACGAAAGAAAAACUAAGGACAAUGAAGGAGAAAGCUGCUGAGGACGAGUUCGAAGUAAUAAAUUUUCACAGUGAAACAAAUGAUGAUACUAAAACUUUUGAUCUUGAUAAAGAAACUCAAUAAAAUGUUUCCAACAUUUGUAAAUAAAGACUGAAUAAAUAUUCUAUUAUUCUUGUAGAUAUGUAAUUGUAAUAAUAUAAUUUAGCCUAAAAAGUUUACUGUAUAUAAAUAUCUGCUUAGCAAUGAAUCAAAGUAAUUUUGUGGUACAUGUAAAUUAAAAAUAUAUUUUUAUAAUAAAAAUGUUUUAAUUACAA